AUGAAGUGCUGUGUCUUCUUCAUGCUCAUGAGCAUGGCUGGAGUCAUUCUGGCAGAAGAAUCUAACCCUGAGAAGACGAAUGAAGUAGAUUUUACUAUCCCUUAUAUGGUCUACCUGCAGUCCUUCCCAGAACCCUGUGUGGGCACACUCAUUCACCCUCAGUGGGUACUGACCGCUGCUCACUGCCCCUCUCCUGUUAAAAUCCGAUUGGGAAUUUAUCAACCCAACAUCAAAAAUAAGCAUGAGCAGACCCAGAGUUACUCGAUGACUGUGCCCUACCCUGACUUCAACUCAGAAUAUCUGAACGAUGACCUGAUGAUGAUAAAACUGUCUGAGGCUGCUAAAAUCACCACCCAGGUGGGAACCAUAGCCAUAGCUAUGGAACCCUUAUCACUUAAUGAAUCCUGCUUUAUCCCAACCUGGACCUGGAGUAACUAUAAAAACCUUACUGACCCUGACAUCCUGACUUGGAUAAACCAAUAUACUCGUCCCUACUAUGAGUGCCAGAAUAUGCACGACGAAAGAACGGCAGUAAACACCAUGUGCAUGGGGCAGCCUCUAAAGACCCUAUCCGACACUAAGGAAGUCUCGGCAGCUCCGGCCAUCUGCAGUGGGAGGGUACAUGGAAUCUUGAGCUGGUCAAGAGGAAGUGUCACCCUUGGAAACGAAGGAUUCUUCACAGAAAUCAGUUCUUAUUCAAGAUGGAUUAUGAGCAUCAUUGAAAGCUACUGAGGGGUCUCUGGUGCUCCAUCCCCUCAGUGCAGUAUCUUCACGAUUUCCAGCCUGGAUCUACAACUCUCUUUAUUAUGUUUCUUGUUCUUGAGCAGAAUUUAUUAAAAAGAAAUGA